AUGUCUUUCUACAAUUCUUACCCCGGUUUCCUAUACCGCCAAUUCCUAGUGUGCCCUCCCAAGGCACCCUCCACCACCUCUCUCCAAGGCAAAGCCGGCAUAGUGACAGGCUCAAACACUGGUCUGGGGUACCAAGCCUCAGUCCAGCUACUAAAGCUCGGUCUCACACAUCUCAUCCUAGCGGUACGCAGCCUCCCCAAAGGCGAAAUAGCGCGCAAGUCUCUCCUCGCCUCGCUCCCCAAGUCUACCAAGCCUCCUGUGGUCGAAGUCUGGGAGCUAGACUUGGCGGACUAUGGCAGUAUUACCGAUUUUGUCAACCGUCUUCAGCAAUCUGGCAUCUUUAUCGACUUUGCCCUCCUCAACGCCGGUGUUGCCAACUUCAACUACUCCCAGACUCCAUCGACAUCCCACGAGUCAAGCAUCCAGAUAAACUGGCUGGGCACCGCUCUGCUUACUCUGCUUCUCCUCUCCGAGCUCAACAAACAGGCUGCAGCUAAUGCUACACGUCCCCGCCCCGUGAUCUCAAUCGUUGGUAGCGAGACUGCCGCUUGGGCGAAGUUCAAAGAAGCCCAAGUCUCUACUGCGAAGGGUACUCCUCUCAUCGAAGUACUGGAUGAUAAGGCCCACUUCGAUAUGGGUGAUCGAUACUACACGUCGAAGCUACUCUACCAGCUCUUUUUUCUGGAGCUUGUCCGCAGCCAUAGGUCUGUUUCUCACGGUGCGAUUCUCAAUAUUGUCAACCCUGGUUUAUGCUAUGGGUCUGAGUUACAUCGUACGGCUGAGGGCGCCUUUGGGGGUGUCCUUUCAGGUAUGAAGAGGGUUGUGGGUCGUUCUCUCUCUAUGGGUGCUCGGACCCUUGUUCAUGCGGCAGUGCUGGCUGGCGAGAGCUCGGAUGGUAGAUACCUGAGUGAUUGUAAGCAGGGUCCGUUUGCAGGGUAUGGGGAGAGUGAUGAUGGUCGGAAGACGCAGACUCAGGUGUGGAAGGAGACUGUGGCAGAACUAAGUCGCGUGGUGGAUAUGGACAAGCUGUUGUUAGAUAUUUGA